AUGAGUUCUUUAAAUGCAAGUUUUUCUCAAAAUAUUUCCAUUGUUCAUCCUGAAUACUUUUUCAUCCUUGGACUUUCAGGUAUACCUUACAGCAAUUAUUAUUAUGUAUUCUUAUUUAUGAUUUAUUUUAUUACUGUAAUUGGGAACUCUAUAGUCCUUUUCAUUAUUGCUCUUGACCGGAAUCUGCACAGUCCAAAGUACAUUGGUGUGUUUAACUUGGCCUUGGCUGAUAUUGGUGAAACUAAUGCACUGAUUCCUAACAUGAUGAAGACUUUGCUGUUUGACUCACGGUACAUCUCCUACAAUGCUUGUUUGGCUAACAUGUUUUUUGUGUUCCUCUUCAGUUCUAUGCAAAGUCUCACUCUUGUUGUUCUGGCAUAUGAUCGUUUAAUUGCAAUUUGUUUGCCAUUAAGAUACCAUGUUAUUGUGAACAAUAGCAAUAUGUGUUUUGUUUUCUCAGCAAUAUGGGUGUUUAAUUCUGUUAUUGUCGCCUCCAUGGUAUCUUUGAUCACCCACAUUUCAUUCUGUAAGUCCAAUAUGAUACUGAGUUAUUUUUGUGAUCAUGGACCAGUGUAUAGAUUGGCAUGUAGUGAUAAUUACAUUAAUAAGAUUAUGGGAUAUCUGUAUACAACUUUAUACCUUAUAGCACCAAUGCUCGUAAUAGGCCUAUCAUAUUUGGGCAUUUUUUUUGUGGUAAGGAAAAUAAGAACUUGGGAAAGACGCAUAAAAGCUGUAAAAACCUGUGUUUCUCACCUGUUGUUGGUAGCAAUAUAUUUCCUCCCAAUAUUCUUUACAUACCUUACUUCAUUAUUGCUUUAUAGCACACCCAAUUCAAGGGUCAUCAGUACAUCUCUGGCUUAUGCUGUCCCAGCAAUGUUAAAUCCUAUAAUUUAUGUUUUAAACACAGCUGAAAUCAAAGACAUAAUUCGAAAAGCGAUUAGAAACAGAUCUGUGCCAACGGAUAGAACUUCAAAAUAAUGUAUUUUUAUUAUUAUUUUCCUUUAAUCAUUGGGAAUUAAAUUACCCAUGUGAAGA